UCUGCCUUGCGCAGUCUGUUAUCCCCUUAUCUCUAUCGAGACAACGCUGUCUGUUUCCUCACUGGCCGAUGGCUGCCGAUGGCGAGCAGCAUGCGAGCACUGCGCGCGAGUAGACCGCGGGCAACGGAUCGGAAAGGCUACAUACACUUUUGUUUUGGGAAUCAUGACUGAACUUUAGUGCCCACUAGUGUAAUGGACGUGCUAUCCUGGCAAGAAUUCGUCGCCGGCUGGGUUGGAGGUAAAGUGUUGCUGGUCUUGCUGUCGGACACCCACUUGAUACCAUUAAAGUUCGGCAGCAAGCCUUCAGUGAGAAGAUUGGGGUGUUAAAAUCAUUUCAAACUACUCUGAAGUAUGAAGGAGUGCGAGGGUUUUAUAAGGGAAUGACCUUUCCCCUUCUCUCUGCUGGUGCCCUAAAUGCUCUAUUCUUUGGAGUUUAUGCAAAUACAUUAAGACUUAUAGAACAGCCAAAAAGUGCUUCAGGAGACUGUAAAAGUAUUAGUGAAGAUAGUUUACCUCUGAAAAAUGAAAAAUCGUCUUUGAAUGUUUUUGCUGCUGGUUGUGUUGGAGGAUUGUUUGCUUGCUUUUUAGCAUGCCCAAUCGAUUUGAUAAAAAUACAAAUGCAGUCCCAAACAGGCGCGCCAUCAUGUAAAGAAUGGGGACAUCACAAUGAACCAAAACAUAAAGGAAUGGUGGAUUGCAUCCGUAGGCUAUGCCACAAUCAAGGGAUCAGAGGCCUUUACACUGGAAUGUAUCCCAUGUUGCUUCGAGACGUAGUUUCAUAUGGUGUAUAUAUGGCCGUGUAUGAAACUGGUUUGAAAAGCUUGCACUGGAAUCAUGUAUUGACCACACUAGUCAGUGGAGGCUGUGCAGGUGUGGUUUCAUGGGCAGUUAUUACUCCAGUAGACCUCAUAAAGUCAAGAAUUCAAGCGGAUGACAUCAAGAAACCAAUGUAUAAAGGAGUAAUAGAUUGUGCAAGAAAAAGUUACAAUGCUAAUGGUUUCCCUGUAUUCUUUAGGGGAUUCUCUAUGAUGAUGUUAAGAUCUUUUCCUGUAAAUGCAGCAGUCUUCUUAGCAUAUGAAUCAAGUUUGCACUUGCUUGCACCAGCAAAAUCUCAAGAGUCAUUUCCUAUACUACACCAUGACUGAUCUUAACAGUGACUUGAAUUGAAACUUGAAAUAGAGAAAAUUUUAAGUCACUAGGAAUGAUGACUAAAAGCUUAUCUUUUAUCACUCAUACAAAAUAGAAACAUUUGAGUUCAACAUUUACUGAAGCAAAUCAAUUUUCUUCUUUCAUAUGCACAUUUAAAAUGUUGAUGCAUUAGAUUUUGUAACUGAUUAGUUAAUUAAAAUAAGACAAAGACAA